GAGGGGCGGGCCUUGGAGGCGGGCUGGGCCCUGGCGGCGGUGCGACCCAGACGGUGGCUAGGCCGAGUGUGCUGCCAGCUGCCCACAGGCCCAACUUGCCACCAUGGAGCGACAGCGCCGGCGUCCGCGGAGACCGCUGCAGCAGCAGAGGCGGCCGAGGAGGAACGGGGGCUGGGACCAGGGCCUCCGGGUAGUGAGCCUGUGAACACCCACCGUCCCCCAGCCCCGACUCCUCCUUCCUGCCUUCCUGGGCUCCGGCUGUGACCCCGCAGGACGAUGCGCGCGGCCGGACUCCCCGGAGGCUAAGCCCGCUGCCCUGCGCUCCGCCCUCGCCGCCGCCCUCCAUGGCCUUGCCGGGCGCCGAGGGCGCGGUUGACAGGCCGGGGUCCCCCGCGCGGGGCGCCCCCGCCGCCUCCUCGUCGUCGUCGUCCGCCUCCUCCGGCGGCUCCGCCUCCGCCUCGGCCUCGGCGGGAGCGGGGCUGUGGGCCGCGCUGUACGACUACGAGGCGCGCGGCGAGGACGAGCUGAGCCUGCGACGCGGCCAGCUGGUGGAGGUGCUGUCCCAGGACGCCGCCGUGUCGGGGGACGAGGGCUGGUGGACCGGGCAGGUGCAGCGGCGCCUGGGCAUCUUCCCGGCUAACUACGUGGCGCCGUGCCGCCCGGCCGCCCUCCCCGCGUCGCCGCCCGCCCGGCUGCCGCCGCCGCGGCCCGGGUCGCCGGUGCACGUCGACUUCGAGCUGCUGGAGCUCAAGGAGCUCAUCGGCGCCGGCGGCUUCGGGCAGGUGUACCGCGCCACCUGGCAGGGCCAGGAGGUGGCGGUGAAGGCGGCGCGCCGGGACCCGGAGCAAGACGCGGCGGCGGCGGCCGAGAGUGUGCGGCGGGAGGCCAGGCUCUUCGCCAUGCUGCGGCACCCCAACAUCAUCGAGCUACGCGGCGUGUGCCUGCGGCAGCCUCACCUCUGCCUAGUGCUCGAGUUCGCCCGCGGCGGAGCGUUGAACCGCGCCCUGGCCGCAGCCAACGCCGCCCCGGAUCCCAGCGCGCCCGGCCCGCGGCGCCCACGCCGCAUCCCCCCACACGUGCUGGUCAACUGGGCGGUGCAGAUUGCGCAGGGCAUGCUCUACCUACACGAGGAGGCCGUCGUGCCCAUCUUGCACCGGGACCUCAAGUCCAGCAACAUUUUGCUACUGGAGAAGAUCGAGCAUGAUGACUUCUGCAAUAAAACGUUGAAGAUCACAGACUUUGGCUUAGCAAGAGAAUGGCACCGGACCACCAGAAUGAGCGCGGCGGGCACGUAUGCCUGGAUGGCCCCGGAAGUCAUCAAAUCUUCUUUGUUUUCCAAGGGAAGCGACAUCUGGAGCUAUGGGGUGCUGCUGUGGGAACUGCUCACGGGCGAGGUCCCCUAUCGUGGAAUUGAUGGCCUCGCUGUGGCCUAUGGGGUCGCAGUCAACAAGCUCACUCUGCCCAUUCCAUCCACCUGCCCUGAGCCCUUUGCCAAGCUCAUGAAAGACUGCUGGCAGCAGGACCCUCAUGUACGGCCAUCAUUUGCCUCAAUCCUUGAACAGUUGACUGCUAUCGAAAGGGCGGUUAAGACUGAAAUGCCUCAAGAAUCUUUUCAUUCCAUGCAAGAUGACUGGAAGCUGGAAAUUCAACAGAUGUUUGAUGAGUUGAGAACAAAGGAGAAGGAGCUGCGGUCCCGAGAGGAGGAGCUGAUGAGGGCCGCCCUGCAGCAGAAGUCACAGGAGGAGCUGCUCAGGCGGCGGGAGCAGCAGCUGGCCGAGCGGGAGAUCGACGUGCUGGAGCGCGAGCUUAACAUCCUCAUCUUCCAGCUGAACCAGGAGAAGCCCAACGUCAAGAAGAGGAAGGGCAAAUUCAAGAGAAGCCGCUUAAAGCUCAAAGAUGGGCAUCGAAUCAGUUUACCUUCAGACUUCCAGCACAAAAUCACGGUGCAGGCCUCCCCCAACCUGGAUAAACGGAGGAGUUUGAACAGCAGCAGCUCCAGCCCGCCCAGUAGCCCCACCGUGAUCCCACGACUCCGAGCUAUACAGCUGACCUCAGAUGAAAGCAAUAAAACUUGGGGAAGGAACACGGUCUGUCGACAAGAAGAAUUUGAAGAUGUAAAAAGGAAUUUCAAGAAAAAGGGUUGUACCUGGGGACCAAAUUCGAUUCAAAUGAAAGAGAGAGCUGAUUGCAAAGAAAGAAUAAGACCUCUCUCAGAUGGCAACAGCCCUUGGUCAACUGUCUUAAUAAAAAAUCAGAAAACUGUGCCGUUGGCUUCUUUAUUUGUGGACCAGCCAGGUGUUUGUGAAGAGACAAAGCCUGCCUCUGAUGGACUGGAACACAGAAAACCAAAGCAGAUAAAAUCACUGAGUCAAGCCUAUGUUGAUCUACCUCUUUGGAAAGAUGGCCAGAGAGAGAAUCCGGUGGAAGUGGAAAGCUGGGAGGAGGGAGUCCCUGUAAGCCCUGCCACCGGGACUCCUCAGGGGACCCCCCCAAACAGCCUAAGCAGACCCUCCCAGAGGAAGAAGCUGGAGUCUGCUUUGUAUGGCUGCACUGUGCUGCUGGCAUCCGUGGCUCUGGGCCUGGAUAUCAGAGAGCUCGCCAAAGCACAGGCCACCGAAGAACCCCCCGCCAAGGAGGAAAAGAAGAAGCGCGAGGGAAUCUUCCAGUGGGCUCCAAAGCCCCGCAGCGGCGCCAGCCCCGCCAUGAGGCUGCCGACCUCGGGCGAGGGGGCCAGCAGCACCCCCUCACCCACCCUGCCCAGCGCUGUGGGCCUCCUGUCCAUGCCUUCUCUCUCCACCAAGUGCCUGCUGCAGACGGAUGGCGAAGAUGCAUUCGAGAGCAGCACACACACCCCUGGUGACCCCGACAUGCCCACUCUAGCUCUUUGCCCUGGCUUUGGAGGGAGGGCUGAGGAGCCAGCCCCCGUGCCAGGACUGGAGGUCGGUCGCAGUGUGUGGGGAGACCUGCCUCCUUCCUUCGUAGAACAGGCUCACGGGGACGUGCCUUCUUCUGCUUCAAAAGAGAGAGCAGCACAUCACCGCCGGACCAUGUCUGAUGGACGUGCUUUCCAGCCCCCAGCUGGUGCAGCUCUCGUCUCAACCCCCAGAGCCUCGGAACUGCCCCCUGCGUGGGUUUGGGGGAUGCCCCCCUCCUGGUCUGGACCUCACAGCGACCUGCCACGUGAGGUCCCGCCGGAAAAACAAAGAGCUAUCCACGUGGUGCCUCUGCCCCGCCCCUCCUCCCAGAGAAGCGGGGCGGGUGCGUCGCCGGCCUUCCCACCACUGGGAACUGGGUCACAGCCUGCCCAGGCCGGCCCUGUGGUGGGCGGUCCAGCGCCAGCUCCCGACCAAUCCCUGGACGCCAAGGAGAGAACUAGGGCGCACGUGCCUUGCCUACUGGACGCGGACGUUGAGGGCCAGAGCAGGGACUGCACGGUGCCCCUGUGCAGGAUGGGGAGCAGAGCUGGCCCGCCCUCCUUGUACCAACUGGAGAAAGAAUUUCUGUCUUAAGUGCCUUAUGUUGUUCAAACAUUUCUUCUUCUUCUUCUUCUUUUUUUUUUUUUUUUUUAAGAACAAAUUAAAACAAUGUGUCUACCUUGAAUUGUUUCAUGCUGCUGUGCUUUCAGAGCUGUGGUCAUGUUACUAAAAUAAUAAUGGAUGUCUGCCUUCUCCAAAAAUGUAUGUGACUGCUAUUGGCUGUUUUUUCACUGGAUUCUUACCUAGUAACUUGAGAUACUACACGUGUGUGGAAAGCAAGAAAUGUGCAACAGUGUAAAACGCUGUUUAAGCACAAUUGUAAGUGCUUGGUGUGUUCCCACUUACCUCUUUGUACGUUCGCAGGCAUUGUAAUGGGUGUGCCAUUUCCGUUUCCUUAUUUCCUGUUUCCUUCCUUCAUUUUCCAUUUUCCCCUCAUUUUUCUCAUCUCUCUUUUUCAUGUCCUCUUUUUUUGUUAUUUGUGCAACAAAAAGCCAAGAAUAAUGUGCUAUUAGUAAGUGAAGGUGUCUGUUUAAAUAGAUUUGAUGACUAAAAUAGGCAGAUUUCUAAACUCAGCAAAAGGCUGAUAAUCGAUGCCCAAAUCUCACCUAAAAUAUGCAUAUUUCUCCCUUUGAGAAAAUUUUACUGAAUAUAACUUGUCAAGUUUUACUGAAUGUAACUUGCCAAAAUUUUAUCCGUUAGAACUCCAAAAUAGAAUUAAUUCAUUUGAUUCAGACCAUACAGAUUUUUGAUUUUUUUUGAUAUUUGAUUCAGAUCAUGCAGCUGAGAGGCGCUCACUAUAGGUUCCUCCUAUAGAAAGGGCCUUCCUUCAUCAGUAGCCAUCAAUUUUGUAUCCAGAAGUAUACAUCUUUUCUUUUUGUCAUAGAAUUUUUUUUUAAAUUAAUUGAGGCAUGUGUCAUGUAUUGUAAACAUUUGUAUCACUUAACUUUAUUUUUCUCUAUUGAAAUGCAUAUUUACCUCAGUCAUCCCAAAUGCUGUUAGAAACACUGCAAAGUGAAGAAACAGCAGUACUAUUUAACUUUGGGGGUUUUUUGGCCACAUCCAUGGCAUGUGGAAGUUCUUGGGAGGGUUUGAACCUGAGCCACAGCUGUAACCAAGCUGCUACAGUGACAAUGCUGGAUCCUUAACCCACUGCACCAAAAGGGAACUCCCUAAACAUUUUUAAAUAGUUAUUUCGCUUUUCACUUCCCAUUGUGGUGCAGCAGAAAUGAAUCUAUUAUCCAUGAGGAUGCGGAUUCAAUCCCUGGCCUUGCUCAGUGGGUUAAGGAUGUGGCACUGUUGUGGCUGUGGUGUAGCCCGGCAGCCACAGCUCUGAUUUGACCCCUAGCCUGGGAACUUCCACAUGGCAUGGGUGCAGCCCUAAAAAAAAAGCAAAAUAAAUAAAAACCUCUUAAAUUGUGGAUAAAUGUUAGAGAUCUGUUGGGUGAGAUAAAUUGAUAGGGUAGAAAGGAGAGAUACAGAUUAUUUUCAGAUGUGGAUCAAUAAAAUGAAUCUUGGGUAGCAGAUGAGGUUUUUAAAUCAUGUAUAAUUAUGAGUCACUUUUAUAAAUCAUACGGCUGUGAUAAAAACAGACCCCAGUGUUAUUAAGCUACUGAAAUGGCUAUCCAGGAGCUUGGGAAAUUUGCCUGGGUUUCUUUUGUUAAAUUUGUUAUGCCUCUAUCACUAGGGUAUGGUUAUUCAGAUGAUUGGCAAUAACUAUUUAAAAUUUAAAUGUUACUUGAUAUUUCAUUUAAAAUUUUACCUUGGUAAAGAUUUACCAAAUAACCAAAAGGUCUGUGAUUUAAAUUAAAUCAGAUGUGAUAAAAUAUCUACCUAUAGUAGAAGAGGAAGAAAGGAAAAUUAGAUUAUUUGGCCAUUUUGGAACAUCUUAGUCAUCUAACAAGUAUGCCCCAGCAAAGGAGGAACAGGGCGUGAAAGGAUUAUACUAAUAGAGGCGCCUUUUGCCCCAAGGAAGACAGUCUUGUAUUUAAAAUGCUUGCAGCAAAAUCUCAGGUACUUAAUUUAUUGUGUUAUGGUCUGUUCUGUGAUUUGGCUUCACAUUUGGGUGAUUAUUACCUGACGUAACAGAGAUGUGGUCUCCUCAAAAUUGUAUUACAUUUGAAAGUGUGGUCCGCUGCAUCAUAUUCAGUGAUUUGGGGCAGGGAACUUUCCACUAAAAGUAGAUAAAAGACAUGCCUACAGUAACACAUGAACCACAAAACAGAGAAGCUGUUUUCAGUUUUGCUUCUACCAAAACAUGGCUUGUAUGUUUGGGUGUGUGUGGUGUGUGUGGUGUGUGAGGGUGGGGGAAUGAACUGUCUCUCUUAUCCCUCUAUUCUGUUCCUGUUGCUAUUUAGCUUUAUUUUAGUCAACUCUACAUUAUGAUGAAUUUAGAAAUGAGGCUGUGUUAAAAAGAUAAUCAUGACAUAAGGACCCAAUCUCCCAUGGUAUUACAGAUAAUUAUUUUUGGCUGAGAUCUAUUGUACAUUUGUGAUUUUCUAUGUGUAUUAGUACACUUAGCAGAAUCUGGUUAUUUAUUUUCAUGUAGACAUAAUAACUCACUGAAAGGUAAAUUAAGCUGAUUACUCCUAGUCAACAAUUAAGGUGCUGCCACUGCAGAGAUUUAAGGCCUGGGCCUGAUGUGCUGUACUAUGAAGCUUUGUGACUGAACAAAAUGUUUACAUAUGUUGUCUAUUUUUUUAAUAAACUUUUUUUAUAGCUCA